AUGAUGCAAGGCGUCUUCACAGUCUUGACUGCUAUUGCAGCAACGAUAGCAGCAAGUCCCAUCUCCCACUCCAACACAACCAGCAGAUCCGUCACAACAAUGACGGACAAAAUCAUGUUCGAAAUUCCACUACCCGAAUUCACUAUCCGUCGAGACAAUGAGCUACCCAACAAACUGGACUGGACCAGUGACGGAUGCACCAGUUCGCCGAAUAAUCCAUUCAACUUCCCCUUCUUACCCGCCUGUCAUCGACAUGACUUUGGGUAUGCCAACUUCAGGCUGCAAAAGAGGUUCACAAGGACCAACAAGCUAAAAAUAGACAUGCAAUUUCGCACAGAUCUCUAUUAUCAGUGCCAACAGUCUGCCGCAGAAGGGGUUUGCCGAUCCCUAGCAAAUGUUUAUUACGCUGCGGUUCGGGUAUUUGGUGGCCGUGAUCAGACACCAGGGAAGCGGAUGAACAAUGCGUUGCUCUGGGAAUACGACGCGUUGGUUGCGAUUUACGAGGAGGAGGUCCGGAAAGCCCAAGCGUCGGGAGACCUUCCGUUGCUACAGUAG